UUCUCCAUAUGUUUGAUUUUUCUUUUUUACAUAGUUUUUACUUUACAUAGUUGGUAACGUGAAAUCAAAGAAAUUGAAAAGGCUUAUUCCCCUUUUAAAAAAAAGGUAGUCAUCUUCAUCUAUUAGCUCAUAAGGACUUCCAAUUAUUUAAAAUAAUAGAAUAGGAGGAGUUCGAUUUAUGUAGACCAAAUCAAUUAACAAAAGAACUUUCAUUUUUUAUUUUUAUAGAUUUUAUAAAUUCUAAAUUAUAUAUAGAUAAUAAUAUAGAAUAUUAAGUUAAGGCCAGGAUAUUGAUUACAAUUCAUCCAAUUAUUCUUUCGAAUUACAUAUAGGUUUAUGAAAUUUUAUAAGGAGUCUUUAUGUCGCGUUACAGAGGGCCUCGUUUAAAAAAAAUACGUCGUCUGGGGGCCUUACCGGGACUAACUAGUAAAAAGCCUAGAGUUGUCAGCGAUCUUCGAAACCAAUUACGCCCCGGUAAAAAAUCUCAAUAUCGUAUUCGUUUAGAAGAAAAACAAAAAUUGCGCUUUCAUUAUGGUCUUACAGAAGAGCAAUUACUUAAAUACGUCUGUAUCGCCGGCAAAGCAAAAGGGUCAACAUGUCAGGUUUUACUACAAUUACUUGAAAUGCGGUUAGAUAACAUCCUUUUUAGAUUAGGUAUGGCUUCGACUAUUCCUCAAGAUCGCCAAUUGGUUAACCAUAGACAUAUUUUAGUUAAUAAUCAUAUGGUAGAUAUACCAAGUUAUCGCUGCAAACCCCGAGAUAUUAUUACAGUGAGAGAUGAACAAAAAAAAUCUAAGUCUCUGGUUCAAAAUUAUUUUGAUUCAUCUAUCUGUGAGGAAUUACCAAAACAUUUGACUCUUCACCCAUUCCAAUAUCAAGGAUCGGUCAAUCAAAUAAUAGAUAGUAAAUGGGUCGGUUUGAAAAUAAAUGAAUUGCUUGAUCCAUAUCAAAGAAAGGUCUAA